UCUACUACGCCCUAGCGUUGCGAUGCGAGUCGUGGUUGCGUGGGCAGAUCACGCGGUAAGUCGUCCUCCAGCUGCCCGCCCACCGCUCUCACUUGCAAUGCAGCCGGAGCACCUGCAAGCACCGAAGGCCGUCUGCUACGACUUGGCAUUCAGGCCUGAUGGAAGCCAGCUUAUUGCUGCAGUGGGUAGCCGAGUCCUCAUGUAUGAUGCAGCAACCGGCGACCUUUUGCAUUCGCUCAAAGGCCACAAAGGUGCGGUCUACUGCCUUGCCUACUCUCGUGAUGGGAAACGCUUUGCUUCGGGGGGUGCUGACAAGACCAUCAUCGUGUGGACCUACAAGGCCGAAGGCAUUCUCAAAUACAGCCACGCCCACUCCAUUCAGUGCCUUGCAUAUAACCCAGUCACCCAACAGCUUGCGAGUGGGACGGCCAGCGAUUUCGGGAUUUGGUCCCCUGAACAAAAGUCAGUCUUGAAACACACAACCGUGUCCAAGGUGCUUUGUGCGUCCUGGACCAAGGAUGGCCAGAUCCUGGCUCUUGGCAUGUUCACUGGCCACGUCUACCUCUGUGACAGAUUCGGAAACGAACAAGCCAUGAUCGAAAAGUCUUCUCCAGUUUGGUCCCUGCAGUGGAACGUCCACAACAGAGCCUCUGAUACCCUAGCAGUGGCCUGCUGGGAUGGCACACUCACAUUCUUCAACAUAUCAGGCAAGCAGUUUGGGAGAUGCACAGACUUGGGCUUCGAUCCCUGCAGCAUCUCGUACACGUGUGAUGGCAGGUAUCUCUGCGUUGCUGGCUCUGGUCGAAAGGUAGAGCUUCUGUCCAACGAAGGCAUCCAACUUACCACGAUAUGUGAGACGAGCGAUUGGGUUUGGGCCGUUCGCUCUCACCCCAAGGCAGACUACGUUGCGGUGGGAUGCAAUGAUGGGAGCAUCUCUAUGUUGCAGCUGGUGUUUUCAAUGGUUCACAGCUUAUACCAAGAAAGGUACGCAUACAGAGACGCACUGACCAGUGUCGUUGUCCAGAACCUCAUCUCCAAAGAAAAGGUCCGUAUCAAGUGUCACGACUACGUGAAGAGAAUUGCAGUUUAUCAAGACAACCUGGCAAUACAGAUGCCUACCAAAAUCAUUGUGUAUCAAUUGCAUGGAAGUGGCUUUGCUGCAUCUGACUAUCAAGUUCUCGCAAAGCUUAACGGACGGAUGGAAUGCAACCUACUGGUACUUACGUCACGCCACUUCAUUCUGUGCCACGAAACGGAGCUGCAGCUUUAUUCCUUGUCUGGGACGAAAGAACGUGAAUGGUUUCUUGAUUCCUCAAUUCGCUAUAUCAAGGUUUGUGGAGGACCGGUAGGAGGAGAAGGUUUGCUUGUUGGGACGAAGGCUGGACAGGUUGUACGGCUGUGGAUAAACAAUGCCUUUGCAGUGAAUUUGUACAGUCACAAAAAUCCGGUCCGUUGCCUAGAUCUAUCUGCCAGCGGUUCUCGCCUUGCUAUUGUUGAUGAGAUGUCAAACCUGGUCGUCUACGAUCUCCAGAGUAGGACAGUUUGUUACGAGGAAACAUCCGCAAGCUCAGUGGCCUGGAACACAAAGCUGGACUCGAUGCUUUGCUACUCUGGCAAUGGCAUGCUGAGCAUCAAAACGGCAGACUUUCCAGUGCAUCGGCAGAAGCUGCAGGGCAAUGUUGUUGGCUUUCAGGGGUCAAGAAUGUUUAGCCUUCAGAACUUUACAAUGCAGACUGUGGACGUUCCUCAAUCAACAAGUAUGCGGCAGUAUUUGCGGACAGGGGACUAUCAGAACGCGUACCGUGUGGCUUGUAUCGGAGUCACAGAGAUGGACUGGCGGGAACUUGCACUUGAAGCUAUGAAGGGUCAGGACUGGAAAGUAGCUCGGGCUGGCUUUAUGCGUCUCAGAGACGUUCCUUUUCUCGAUCUCCUAAGCCACGCAGCUGACUAUCAACCUUGUCAUCUUGCAGCUUGCAGAUAUGCGUUCCAGGGAGAUUUUGAAGCCGCUGCUCAAGCUUACUGUGAAUCUGGAGAAGUUGACAAAGCAAUGGAAAUGUAUGCCGAUUUACGGAUGUUUGAAAAAGCUAAAGCACUAGCCGAAUGCAUCCAAAACAAGGACCAGAACAACAAAGCGAACGUGAGAGACAUAAUUCAAAGGCAAGCCGAAUGGACUGAAGAGACAAACGACCACAACACCGCAGUUGACAUGUACAUCAUUGCGGGCCAACCUCAGAAGGCUCUGAGUAUUCUUGCUGCUCAUGGUCCAGCACUCAAGCUUAUUGAGGUUUCACGAAGGCUUAACAAGUCGGAUAUACAGGAACUUAAACAGUGUGCAUCACUAAUGCACAAACAUGGGUUGUAUACCCAUGCUUUGGAGACAUAUACUAAGCUCUCUGAUUUUCGAUCGACUUUGCUGCUCCAUAUAGAGCUUGAGCAAUGGGAGGAAGCAUUUACAGUGAAGAAACUUCACCCCGAGCUUCAAGAAGAUGUGAAUCUACCAUAUGCACAAUGGCUAAUCAGCAGAGACCGAUUUGAGGACGCCCAUUUGGUCUACAGACAAGCCGGGCGGCCUGAUCUGUCAGAACGUCUGUUUGCUCAGCUCAUUGAAAACGCUGUGAAAGAAAAGAGGUUCAAAGAUGCUGCACAUAGUUCGUGGUUACUGGGUAUAGAAAAGCUGCAGGUCGAUGGAAAAUCUGAGGACGAAGACCAUAGACGACUGCGGCUGUGUGCAGACAUAUAUUAUGCUUACUCCUAUAUAGACCAGUCCAUCAGCGAACCAUUCAGAACAACCUUACCGGAGACGCUCAUUGGCACUGCACGCUUCGUCCUUGCCCGAAUUCCAAGGAACUCCAUUGCAGGGGUUUCCGUCGCCAACAUUUUGGUUACACUUGCCCGGCAUGGGGAACAACUAGGUGAACACGACGUUGCAAAGGAAGCAUACGAGCAUUUGCGGCGCUUGAGGGUGCCCUCAAGCUGGGCAGACAAGCUGGAGGCUGCCACUUUAGCUUCCAGAGCUCGCGCUUUUGUCAGGACCAUCGGCCCUUCCGUUUGUUUCUUAUGCUCUGGGACAUCUCCCUUCGUCUCCUACUUUGAAACCGACUCGUGCGCCAAAUGCCGUCAGCCCAAGUUCUGGUCUUUCUCGACUUUCCGGCAGCUUCCUGUGGUUCAAGUCUUCCUAAAGGAUGGCAUCACACAUCAACGGGCACUGGAACUGUUGCAGCGCUACAACGAGUCUGAUGUGCAUGGAACAAACGUGGAGUACUUGGGCCUGCAGCACAACCUCCAUACUGGACGAGUUUAUAUGGAUGACAAAACGCUGUCUAAGCUGCAGGCCUCGCAGUUUUUCGCAGUCGUGCCAACUGGAGGUGCCACCAUUCAAGCUCGCUACUUCAUAAGUCUGGAACCUUCACUGUCACUAUUUCAGUGCCCAUCGUGCGAGCACUUUUUUGAGUUGGAAGAGUGGGACUUCACCGUCCUCAGGCAUGGCUGCUGUGCGUUUUGCCGAAAUGCUAUGUAAAAAGGGAAUAUUCUAGAACCGCAAGGGCUUUCUUUUCUUUC